AUGCUUGGCCAAGCAGUGGACCAAGGAAGUGAUCGGCGCCAAGCCGAAUGCGAUGCCUGCGCGGCCGAACGCCGGCGGCGCUGCAUCGUUGCCGGAGCAUCCGACUUUGGGCCCAAUCCAAAAGACAGCAAAUUUUUGCAGGCACCGUUUGUGCAUGGACUGAAUGCUGCCAAGUACGUCGCCGCACUGCUGCGGGCCCGGUGGGUGGCGGCCGAGCAACGGCAUCUCUUGCUCUGGGUCGUGGCGCAGGACACGCCGCUCUUCCACACCGACCCUGACACGGAGGCCCAAGAGCUGCAGCACCGAAAAGAACAAUGGCUUCAGCGACACGACCAGGCGACAGCAGGGAUAAUGGGCCUCUUGCCACUUUUGCCGGGCAUGCCCGUGCGCAUCACCCAGACCUUGCCCGAACUGAAGCCCUGGGGGUUGUUCAAGAACACCCGCGGGCAGUUAUUUGGGUGGAGCCUGGCGGAGGAAGACAUUGCGGCCAUCCCGGCCUGCCAGCAGCCGGAGCUUGUGCUCCAAAAAAUGCCGGCGUGCCUCUUUGUCUCGAUCCCCGGCGCGACCUGGCAACACCGCCCAGGUCUGCCACCGGGGGUCGCUUGCAUUCGCCCGGUCGUGCAACAUUGGAAGCUCGAAGCCCACGGCACCGCCACGGUCGCCAGACGAGGUUUUCCGCUGGCUUGCGAUUAUGCUGGCACGGCGCAUUCGUUUAUGGGGGCCACAUUAGCUGCCUGCAGUUUGGACUUAGGAUUUUGGGACACCGCCGCAAACCGGGACUCACAGCUCAGUGCCUACAUGUGCCUGUCCCGAGUAAAAAAAGCAGAAGACCUCUGCAUAGCCCGUGAACUAAUAGGCCCCGAUACGUUCCUCGCAGUGCAUCGGCAGACCCUGACCCUGGCGGACGCCAAAAGCAAGUUUGAGCAGGAGCAGGUGCAACGGAAGCGCCAUCCGGAGACUCUUUUCUUUUGUCGCGGAUGCGCCCCGAAAGCCAAAGGCGAGCACGGCCUCCUGCCGUUGCGUGACUUCACCAGUAACAAUUUGUGGCAGCCGGAUGCUUGGUUGGAGAUCGUGUGUCUCGGCAUGGAACGCUUGUGCAGCCAGUGCCGCCACCCACAGCCGUCCGGAAACCCCACCAGCGCCGAAGCCGACGCCGCCAGCAAGUGUGCGUUUUGCAACAAGACCCCACUUCCGAAAUUCGGUUUUUGCAAGAAAUGCCUGUCGGAAGCAAGAUUGGCUUGUGCCCGCUGUGACGUGGGUCGAAAACUCAAACCCAAGACCUUGGCGGACUUCAGCCCCGCGGAAAUUCAACGCCGCACAAAACACAGAGACCUACGAAGAGCAUGCUGCAUGAAGUGCGAGCGGUAUCAACCGAACAAAUCCAAAGCAAAAGCCGGGCAGUGCCGCACGUGUCGGAACGUCGUCAGCGUGUCCCACUUGCACCAGUAUGACUCCAAAGCCAAUGACGGCGUUUGUCGCAAAUGUUGGCGGAAGGCCACCGACUUGGAGGCAGCAACCGCCAAAGUCUGCCCACGGUGCAGCACACCUUUGAAACGAGCGGCGACACCAGGGUCGUGGUGUCAGAGCUGUGCCUAUCCACCAUGUGCAGGUUGCCAAAAAGUAGCGCGGCCAACUGGAGGCUCGUACCACGCCAAACACAAACCUGUCUGGCUGUGCCCCGCCUGUACAGGGUGUCCACAGUGCCACAAACCUUUGCAAGCACGUUCGAAACCAGGCACGUGGUGUCAGAGUUGUGCCUAUCCACCGUGCGCAGGUUGCCAAAAAGUGGCGCGGCCAAGCAAAGAUACGUACCAUGCCAAGCAGCGCCCCUUUUGGCGGUGCGACAAGUGCGCCCAAGCAAGUUGUCCGAUGUGCCAGGCCAAUCCCCUGGGUCAAGACGCCGGCGGCGGACCAGACGCCGCGUGCCCACAGUGUGCAGAACGUGGUCCCCAGUGCGCAAAAUGCAAACAGCCAAUGCUCGGCCGCCCGCAUUCACACGGCUGGUGCCAUGGGUGCGCCUUUCCGCCAUGUGCAGCCGGCUGUGGUCGACCGCGCCCGAGCAGAAGCAGGGGAAUCCAAGACACAGUUCACGAAUAUCAUGCCAAACUCCUGCCGGAGUGGACGUGCCAGACGUGCCAGGUAUCAGAAAAAGGACCGGCCAAAUGCCGUAAGAUCCAAGUGGACGACCAAGCAGACGCCUUGCCACCGCUGCCGCCGCCGGCGGAGCCACCGGAGCGUCCUUUGGCCAACCCAAAAAAAGAAAACCACUUAGCACGCCCACCUCCGCGGAGCGUUGCUCAGCGCCUGCAGAGGCAGACCGUCCAUGCUCACCUGCGGCAGUUUCUUUUGGCCAACCGAAAAAAAGACGUUCGUCCAGCGGCUGCCCGGGUUUUUCCUUGCCGGCAGAAGUCCCGGAAGCCAUGCACCUCGAAGAGUCCCAGCCAGUUUAAUUGA